AUGACAUUGUGGAUCUUCAGCUCAGAGGGGUGCCUGGGGCCUAAAGUAUAUUCUGAGGUCCCAGAUGGAGGUUGGGGUUGGAUCGUGGCUGUGGCCUUUUUCCUUGUGGAGGUUUUCAGUUACGGGGUCAUCAAAAGCUUUGGGAUUUUCCUCAACGAUCUGAUGUGCGAGUUUAAUGAAAGCAACAGUCGGGUUUCGUGGAUUAUCUCGAUAUGUGUGUUUGUAAUGACCUUCACAGCACCAUUGUCUACUGUGCUGAGUAACCGAUUUGGCUACCAGCCUGUCGUGAUGCUUGGUGGAUUCUUUAUUUCCCUGGGAACAAUUUGCACUGCCUUUACCAGCAGCAUCAAUCAGAUGUAUAUCACUAUCGGGAUAGUUGCAGGACUAGGUUACUGUUUGACAUUCCUCCCUACUGUCACAAUUCUUUCCCAAUACUUCAGUAAACGUAGAUCUAUUGUGACUGCCAUGGCCUCCACAGGAGAGUCGUUUGCCAUAUUUGCAUUUGCACCAGCAUUUACAGUGGUAAAGAGCCAUAUUGGCUGGAGAUACACAAUAAUGGUGCUUGGGAUUUUACAGAGUACUGUCAUUGGCUGCGGAGUUUUGCUAUGCCCUUUGAUAAUCAAGAACAAAACUGCAGAUGGUUUUACUCAGCCACUGAGAUCUAGUAAGCAGGACAUUAUAAAUUCCAUCCCUGAAGCUGAAUUCACUGGAUCUUUGAGCUCUGGAGACUGUGAGGUGCAACUGCUUAAGGAACCAGUACAGAGAAUGAAGGAACAGCAAACAGGGCAAAACCCCUUAAGGACUCCUGAAAUCCAGCAAAGCAAAGGCAAACUCCUGGACUUAUCUGUGUUAAAGGAAGGCAGUUUCAUAUGCUAUGCUGCAUUUGGUCUUUUUGCAUCACUGGGCUUUUUUGCACCACAGCUGUAUGUGGUGGAGCUCAGUGCCAGUCUGGGUACUGAAAGAGACAAGGCAGCAUAUAUGCUGUCAAUAAUGGCUGUGGCAGAGAUCUUUGGACGUCUCUCUGUCGGCUGGAUUCUGAGCUGGGGACGCAUUAGGAAGAUAUAUGUCCUGCUUGGAUGUAUGUUGCUGAUUUGCCUAGUGUUGGUGCUCUUUACUAUAGUGGAUGGUUUCUGGGGUUUGGCAGUGUGCUGUGUACUGUAUGGAUUUCUGCUAGGCAACAUCGCAUCCACACACAUCCCUAUGCUGGCAGAGGAUGACGUGGUGGGCAUCGAGAGAAUGCCCUUAGCUGUGGGUGUCUAUGUCUGUAUCCAGAGUUUUGCAGGACUUGCUGGGCCACCUUUAGGAGGUGCUAUGGUGGACAUCACACAGAACUACAGCACAGCCUUCUACUCGUGUGCAGUGGGGACAGGGAUCGGUACAAUCUUCCUUGGAUUAGUACGUCCAGCAAAAACAGGCUGUCCGUGCACAAACAAACAUUUGAACAACUGCCAGAACAGCCAUGCUGGUGAGAACACGAGUCAGACCGUAGUCAUGCCUGAGGAAUUUCUUAAGAUGGACAUUCACCCAAACGCACAAAGUCAAUCAUAAACAAGGAUCUUCUUUUUGAACUCAGUUCAUUGAACAGUUCAUUCUGAGAAACCAGCAAAUUUGUGGAAGACUGUUAAACAGAUGUUACACUGGAUUGCACUUUAAGGUUGGUAGUAAGUUUCAGAUAUUUGUUUAUGGCAGAUACACUACAACAUGGUAACAUAUUGUCAAGUCUCAGGGGCCAGAGGAACUAGUGGAUGAUUGGGAACAAAAACUCAUUAGAAAGGUGAAAAAUUAAGUUUAAUCUGUAAACUUUGCUGGUUUACUACAGUUAGCAUGUGUUGUGGAUUAAACUCUUCUGGUAUCAGGGCAGGAUUUGAAAAACUGUAGGCGUAGCAACACUAAUUUUUAACACACAGUUUUUCCAAAGACUUUUCAUAGAUACCAUGUCUCAUUAAAAGAGAAACUAGUUGCCAAACUAGUCACUUACACACAGCUUACUUUGAAACAUUUCUGAUGAAAGGUUACUAUUUAUGAUGAAGUAUUGAUAUGCUGUUCCUGCCCACAUAGUGAGACAUUCGAGUUUUCAAAAAAUGAACAACAUUUGAUUUUUGACUUUUUGAUUUUUGACUGGCCCAGACACAGUUUCCUGUGUGUCUGAUCAUAGUACAUUUUACUAUGACUAGUCCAGUCAUUUACUGUGGGGAAACACAUUAUCCGUUUUAAUAAUAAUAAUAAUAAUGAAAUGAUGACACAAAUCAAGACUGAUACUUAAAUCUCACUCAUAUCUAUCUUUACCGAAGGUGACCUAAAACUGUUUUUCAAGCUUAGAUGUCUGAUCAUCUAUUAUAGAAUGGGGAGAGAACAUGUGUGCUUAAAUGACUAUGCAUAUGAUGCUUUUACAUAUUAACAAUAAGAAAAACACUUACUAAACAGUUUUGAGUCAACAGAGAAUGAUUUCCAACUGCCUGUAUAAAUCAACAAAUCGACAAAUCGGGUCGAAUAUUUCUACAGUAUGUAAAGAUGUUUCAAUAAAACAGGAACCUGCUUCAGUAAAAUA